AUGGCUUUGCUCAGACUGUCUCUUCUCCCCAAUCAUCUUCUUUGCCCAGAAACGGUACUGCAAGAAAGGGCAGCCUGCCCUUCAGAAUGCACUCUCGUGUCUGUGCCUGGUAUAACAGGUCUGCUCUCGGGCACUGGUUCUAUGUACCAGUGGGGGACUGCGAGGUACUCAGUUGUACUCUUUCGCCCCGAGGACACAGUGCUCCGGCACUACCAGCUUGCAACGGACUAUAAGCGCACGACCCCUGCCGGGCUGACCCAGACGGACUACGAGCCAUCUCCAGCUCCUCCUGGGCUGGAAUAUCUGGAUAUACAGCACCAAGGACAUAGUAUACCCAUCGGCAAUCCUCUCGGCUCGUCCCUUGGCCCUAGGACGACGGCAUUGCCGCACCUUGGGACCCAGAUCAGCACUCGAGACCAGUAUUCGACAGCCACUCCGACCUUCAAAAGGCCGACUGAGCAUUUGUCGAGAUCUCCUUCCUUUACAGCCUCUGUAAACAGACGACACCCUCUGUCGCCGACACCCAGCCCCAUCACCAAUUUUACGAAUGCCGUUAGAAUGGAUCAAUACUCUUCGAAGACCUCGGCCAGCGUGCCACCUCUGAGUUCAAUCACCACUUUGGGCAAUCUCUCGUACGCCGAUGCGUCGUCAGCGACGGGGACACUACCCGUUAAGAUAGAGAUUCAGGGCAACAUCGACAAGGGCUUCUUCCAGUCUGAUUGCGAAUGGACGUGCUACAGGCGUAAUUACUUCUCUUGUAUCUGUUCUUACAGCCUGUCACCAUACUAUCCUUCCCAGUCUUUGCAAUUUCAGCAACUCGGCUCCAAGCAGCCACUCAAUGUCUUCGGAUUUGCCAUGUCGAUUUCGGCGGUCGUUGCCGAUAAUGACAGCCACACCAUUGAACUUGUUCAGCAUACACCGAAAAGAGACAAGGGGCCUAUUGCGAAGCCUGAUAAGGUUCGUCUCCUGCCAAAACCGCUGCAGCCUGUUCACCAUCCUCUCGGGCUGUACGCACAUGAUUCCGGAAUGGGAGGACCAUCAAGAAUGGCGUAUCCGGAUGCUUUCAGCGGCGGCCAUCAUGCAGGCGAUGCAUACCAGAACGAGCAUACCUUCGAGAGAAUCCAGUUCAAGCAGGCCACGGCGAAUAAUGGGAAAAGACGAGCUGCGCAGCAGUACUACCACCUCGUCAUUGAGCUCUGGGCAGAUGUCGGCGCACAAGCAGCCGAGAAAUUCGUCAGGGUUGCUUAUCGGAAGUCAGCAAAGAUGAUCGUGCGGGGCCGGUCCCCCGGGCAUUACCAAGGAGAAAGACGUGGAAGCACGAGCAGUGGACCGGGCGGUUCUGGUGGAAGCAUGGGUGGGUUCAGUGGCGGAACGAUGAUUCCUCCCGAAUUCCCUCCUUCCGGGCCUAUUACCCAGGACCGAUGUAUGAGGGGCCGCACGGCGGACAAGGGUGGCAUCGACGUGUUCCACCCACACCGGAAUGGGCAUGACGGCGCCCUGCCCCAUAUGGCAGCCAGCCUCGAGCCACCGCAUGACAGAUUCAAGAGGGAUCCCGAGGCGGACAUCCUAUCGGGUCGAUUUAUGCCUGGGCCGCUCGCAGUCAGCAACCGCUGUAACACAUAUGAAGGCAAAAACACCUCCACAGGCUACUAUCCUACGGCAGUGCCACCAAACAACAUCAACAUUGCCAAUAUCACUUAG